AUCCUUCGCUUGGAUUCCCAAAACAUAGGGUUCGUUCCUUUCAAGUCAUUCCCGAUCCGUCAGCAGGUGAAUUUAGCCUCAAUUCGUGAAUUGUGAUUGGAUUGCCUGAUCCAUCCUGGUUAAUCCAAAACCCUAGAUGGACCUUCUAAAGCAAGAGCUUCUCAAGAAGCGCCAAUCUCUGGCCGAAGACACCGGCGGCAAGAGAGUCUUCAAACGCUCCGAGAUCCAGCAGAAGCAAAUACAGAAGCUCCGCGACCAAGAGAAGCGCGAAUUAGAAGCAAAGUCUCAGAAACGCCACGGAACUUCCUCCGACACAUCCACCACCGCCCCUUCCUCCUCAACCGCCACUUCGGCCUCCGUCGCCUCCACCAUUGCCGCCUCAAACGCCUCCCUCACUGACGAGCAAAACAUCGACAACCUCGUCCUCCCCAAACCUGAGGUCAUUCGCCGCCUCCGCUUCCUCAAGCAACCCGUCACGCUCUUCGGCGAAGACGACGAUGCCAGGCUCGAUCGCCUCAAAUACGUGCUCAAAGCCGGCUUGUUCGAAGUGGACAGCGACAUGACGGAGGGACAGACCAAUGAUUUCUUGCGCGACAUUGCCGAGUUGAGGAAGCGCCAGAAGACCGGCAUUUUGGGCGAGAGGAAGCGUCAGAAGACCGACGACGGUGCCGCUGAGGACAGAGAAGGGGGUGCUGGCGAUGAUGACUUGAGCGAAGGUGGUGACUCCAGUGGCGUCGAUGCUGACAAGGAUUUGAAGCGGAUGAAGGCGAAUUUCGACGAACUGUGCGACGAAGAUAAGAUUCUGGUGUUUUUCAAGAGGCUGUUGAACGAGUGGAAGCAGGAGUUGCACGAGAUGCCUGAGGCGGAGAAACGAACGGCUAAAGGGAAGUCCAUGGUUGCUACGUUCAAGCAGUGUGCGCGAUACUUGAACCCGCUCUUUAAGUUUUGUAGGAAGAAGGUUCUUCCUGAUGACAUUCGGCAGGCGUUAUUGUUGGUGGUGGAAUGCUGUAUGAAGCGAGAUUAUCUGGCUGCAAUGGACCAUUAUAUCAAGCUAGCCAUCGGGAAUGCACCCUGGCCUAUUGGUGUUACUAUGGUUGGUAUUCAUGAAAGAUCUGCCCGUGAAAAGAUCUACACCAAUAGUGUUGCUCACAUCAUGAAUGAUGAGACUACUCGCAAGUACUUGCAGUCUGUCAAGAGAUUAAUGACAUUUUGCCAGCGUCGUUAUCCUGCAUUGCCGUCUAAAGCAGUUGAGUUUAACAGUUUGGCAAAUGGCAGUGAUUUGCAGUCACUUCUGGCAGAAGAGAGAUUUAGUGGGGUCAAUCAGGCAUCUGAGGAGAGGCUUAGGAUAAUGCCUGCUCCAAGAGAUUGCUAGUCAUUGGUGUUUUAUUUCAUGAAAUCACAUCAUCGUAUUAUGAUGUAUGUUAUUUUAUGUUUAAUUGCUAGAUACAGUCUGUUUCUAUUUCUUUUUAAGUGACUGCAUAAAAGGAACGCAUCUAUAAAAAUGGCCAAAAAAAAAAAAGAGUAAAAUUCUGAUGUUUUCUACGGUGCCCAUUAUUUUUGUUCAGUAACUUAUACCUGGUUUUGGCUUAAGCUGUUCAUUAUGU